CUCGGCGAACGGUUCACAGCGGACGGAUUGAUCGAUAUAUGUAAACAGAGAGCGAAAGAAAGAAAGAGAGAGGCAAACAGCGAGAGACAGAGACAGCAAGAGUGCGAAGAUAGAAAGAGCAAAGCAACAAGUUUGCAAGUGGAAAUUUUAAUAACGAAAUGCAGUGAAUACCCGUCCCGUCCCGUACCCACGAAUGCCACAAACAAAAAGCCUAGACUUGAAACCAAAACCAAAAACCCAACUAAAAACCGAAAUCAUAAUUUAAUCAAUUAACUAAGUCGAAUCUUUGGCUCAUUAUGAGCACAAAAGACAGAAACAGUGCAAACCCAACGAAAAUCCACGAGAGCGAGAGCCAAAAGAGCCCCAAAAACAUCGUGAACCUAGUUUACAAUAUUUAAAAAAUACAAAAAAAAAAGAAAAAUAUAAACAGCAACAAGUGAAAGAGCCGAAGAGAGACGGAUAGAGCGGGAGGUGCCGCUUGCGCCGACAGCCAGAACGAGACGGCCGAACGACAGACCGAGACUUUCGCAGUUGAGGUUGAUUUUUGCAUGCAAAAAGCUACACACACAGCGGUACAGCAACAGCUAGAGCCACAGCGAUACAUCUGGAAGACAGCCCACAGUCCAGAGCCCAAAGAAUUGUUAUUAUCCAGACAGGCAGAAGGGAACACGCACACACGCACACACGCACACGCAUUGAAAUGGAGUACGAGAAAAUGUUGUACCUGGCAAAUGGCAGUGAGAUGCCGCACAGUCCCCAGCUGAAGCCACAAGCGUUCCAGGCCCUCACGCCGCCUGACCAAUACUCCGCCUAUGCGGAUAACUUUGAUUUGUCGAUGCUGCCGCAGGACGCCGGCAUACCCACGACAGUUUAUCAAUACAACGCGCCACAGAUUAAGAUCGAGUGUGCCUGGGACUGCCCCACGGAUAACCAGCAGCAGCAACAGCAACAGCAGCCGGCACCGGCAUAUGCCUCCUCCGGCCAUCAGUUGAUCCCUCCUCCGGCCUAUCCACACAGUGUUUAUCCCUCUCCCCAGUCCUCGCCCCUGCAGACCGAGUUUGCCUCAUUCGGUGGCUACGGAAAGCUUCACGGCAGCUACGACUGCCUAAACAGCCCCUCACCCUCGCUGGAUGCAUCAAGCAUCAAGCAGGAGCUGCACAUUCUGCCGCCCUCUCCGCCAGAGUCCAACUGUGAGACACCCUCGCCACGCUCCGCCUGCAGCGAGAGCAUCAAGACGGAGCCGCUGGACUCCUCGGACAUUGAGAGCUUCAUCGACCUGAACGCCCUGCUCCAGCAGCAGCAGCAGCAGACCCAGUCGCAGCCGGACACCAAGGCCGAUCAUCAGGUGCUGCGCGAGUGCUUGGAGGACACGACGUUCCAGAAGAAGCACAACCUUCGGCCACUGGCCCUGGAAUCCUUCAUCGGCGGCUUGGCCGAGGUGCGCGGGGACUUUGAGCCUGUCAUUUCGCUGGCGCUGGAGCAUGCCAAGCGUGAGGCUGAUGCCAUCUGCAUGGAGCUGCAAAUAUCGCAGGAUCCAAAUGCGUGGACACCCUCGCAAGUACACGCAUGGCUUCGAUCCACCUUGGCACAGUUCAAGCUGCCGCCGGCUGCCAAUUUAGAGCUGAAGUUCUCCGAAGACGGUGCCGCAUUGGCAUUACUCAGCGAAGAGGAAUUCAUGCGUCGACUGCCAGAGAGCGGGAGCACACUGCAUGCCCAAUUGGAGAUAUGGAAGAUGGCCUAUGCCGAUCAGCCAAACAGCCAGUCGAUCCAGCAGCAGCAGCAGCCAGGCCUCGAUCCGUGGCCGCCAGCCAGCUAUCCGAUGCUCAACCUGGACGACUUCAAUGGGGACAGCGAAGAUGAAGAGGAAAUGGAGGUGGAAGCUGAAGUAGCCCCUACACCUACGCCCAUUACCGCAGUGACAGCAGCUGCCACACCAACUUCCACGCCCGUGAAGCGCACCAGUGGCGGACGCACUGGCGGCGGCUCCCACAUCCAUCUGUGGCAGUUCCUCAAGGAGCUGCUGGCAUCACCGCAGGUGAACGGCACCGCCAUACGCUGGAUCGAUCGCACCAAGGGCAUCUUCAAGAUCGAGGACUCGGUGCGGGUGGCCAAGCUGUGGGGUCGUCGCAAGAAUCGCCCGGCCAUGAACUACGACAAGCUGUCCCGCUCCAUCCGGCAGUACUACAAGAAGGGCAUCAUGAAGAAGACGGAGCGGUCACAGCGGCUGGUCUACCAGUUCUGCCAUCCCUACAACCAGUAGAGAGGUGGAGUACUGGGAUUCCUAUCCAGAUCGCUUAGCUCUAAGGGUAUUUAUUUUGCUAGCAUAGCCACCUUCCCCCACAUGUCCCACCUGUCCCCCAUUCCACACACUCCGACUAUGCCCGACUAGCCUUGUGGGUCUAGCGGGUCUUAGUUCUUGUACAUACACAAUCUUUAUAGCGCACGAAGGUAAGUUCGUGCAUCGAUUAAGUUUGGCUCUAGCUCGUAGGCACAAACAACUAAAACCAUUGCCCCGCAUGGCGAAGGUAAGUUCGUCGGAGGGCAGAGGUUUUAAGCGCAAUCCAUCAUAAUGUAAAUCUAAUCUUGCCCCCGCGGCUGGGCGUGGCUGUUGGCCCAUCGCUGCAGGCAAAUGUUUGACUUACUGCCGACAUCUUUAUUCAAAUGCCGCCCACCCAUGCAGUGGAUAAUCCUGCACCCGUGCUGUUGUGUGCCACUGCCAGUGAAGUGAGGAACCACCAUUAGUAACCUGAGGCGAAACUUGGUUGAAGGUUCAAUCACUCAACACUCUCUGUGGAGGCACAGGCAGGCACUGGUGCAGCCACUGCUGGGCAGCAUGAAGGUGUGGCGGUAAUUUUAGGAACCAUAUAUCUAUGAUAUAUCAAAAGUAAGUUCUAUGAACAACUUAAUAACCGAAACGAAAUGUUAAUAAUAGACUCUAAGGUAAAAACGAUUAGUUGUACGACUCCUUGAAAGUUUUUUCUCUUCAAAACAAACCCCCGGGCAAAAGUUAAAAAACUUUCGACCCUCCCCCUAGGCAUAGGCGUUACGUGUUUCACACUCUACACAUACACUUAUAUGAAUAUCAAUUAUUUAUUCUGUACUCCGGUGGUGGUAUAUCAGUUAAGACAUUUAGUUUGUUGUUUUUAUUACGAUUAUUAUCCGCACUUUGCAUAGUUUUUCCCCCGUUUCCCCGUUUUUUCCCGCUU